GGAGCAUCCUGGCUAUUUAAGAUGACAUUGAGCCUGGGUCCUCCUUUGCUGGAAUCCUUUCCAGACCUCUACGGCACUGACGAGGACUGAUAAGAGAAUCAGCUUGUCUGGAAGCAGGGGGAUAAGGAGGUGACCUUGCAGCCCAAGACUCCUAAAGCAAGAGGACAGUGUCAAAGGGAUUUGUCUAGCCUUGACCUAUUCGGGGGAAUUAACAUCCAUGCAAACCUCACGUGAGCAGAUCUGACAGCUACCAGCUGGAAUCUAUCAGCCGGCAUCUGGGAAGAUUUGCAGCAAUAGAUACACAAUGACCCCCCCUCGAGCCCCGAUCCCUGCCCUCUUCCUCACCAGCCUUGGGAGAAAGGUUUCCUUCCACUUCUGAGUGAAGAAGCUGAUCUUGGCCAGCAGCUGGGGCUCCACAGACAUCCUGCCCAUCCCACCCAGACUGCAUCUGUCCAGCUUCUUACCGGCCAGGCCGGUACCCUCAGAGGGCAAGCAGAUGAAGAGGGGAGUGUGUCAGGCCGGAUGCAGAGCCGCUUCUUGUAUCAUGAUCUUGUCCGUACAGAUGGAAGCCAGGCAGGCUGAGAGGAGGGAACGGAGCCUUCUUCAAUUCUCCUCAGCCUCUCAGCAACAGCAACAAUAACAGCCAAUGAACCUGAAGCUUCCUUUUAACCCUCAGAAGGACUUAGAAGGUCUCUGAGACGCAAGUUGGUUUGCAGCCCCAGAGCCAGUGUCUGGGCUCGGAACUGGAGAGGCUGGAGCACCGUCUCCCUGCAGCCACAAUGAAAGACGCAACACAUUUCGACACCCAGUGACUGGCCAGGUCCCAGAGGAGAACAAAAAGUUUGACUUGAAAACAUCGGCCUUGGACAUGUCCAACAAAACAGGUGGGAAACGUUCUGCUACCAUCAACAGUGACAUCUCCAACCACAACAUGGUGUCAGAGGUCCCUCAAGAGCGGCCCAACAUCCGGGCAACUCGAACUUCCCGCAAAGCCAUUGCCUUUGGUAAGCGUUCACACUCCAUGAAGCGAAACCCCAAUGCGCCUGUCACCAAGGCCGGCUGGCUCUUCAAACAGGCCAGCUCCGGGGUGAAGCAGUGGAACAAGCGCUGGUUUGUCCUAGUCGAUCGCUGCCUCUUUUACUACAAAGAUGAGAAGGAGGAGAGCAUCCUGGGCAGCAUCCCCCUGUUGAGCUUCCGGGUUGCAGCUGUGCAGCCCUCGGACAACAUCAGCCGGAAGCACACAUUUAAGGUGACUGUUUACCGGGUAGACGAGGCUGGGGCCAGUUCCACGCACUGCCUCUCCCCACAGGCCGAGCACGCUGGAGUCCGCACCUACUUCUUCAGUGCCGAGAGCCCUGAGGAGCAAGAGGCCUGGAUCCAGGCCAUGGGCGAGGCUGCUCGGGUACAGAUCCCUCCAGCCCAGAAGUCAGUGCCUCAGCCUGUGCGGCACAGCCACGAGAAGCCAGACUCGGAGAACAUCCCACCCAGCAAAGCUCUUCAGCAGCCCCCUCUCAACAGUCUCCCCAAGCCAGAGCCCGAGGCCAAGACUCGAGGGGAGGGGGACGGCAGAGGCUGCGAGAAGGCCGAGCGAAGGCCCGAGAGGCCUGAAGUUAAGAAAGAGCCUCUAGUGAAAGCUAAUGGCCUCCCAUCUGGACCUGAACCAGCUUCGGAGCCUGGCAGUCCUUAUCCUGAUGGCCCAAGGGUCCCUGGAGGUGGAGAGCCGCCCUCCCAGCCCAAUGGCUGGCAGUAUAACUCCCCAAGCCGACCAGGGAGCACGGCUUUCCCCCCUCAUGAUGGGGACACUGGGGGAAACCGGCGGAGCUUUCCACCGCGCACUGACCCCGACAAAAUUGCCCAACGCAAAAGCUCCAUGAAUCAGCUUCAGCAGUGGGUGAACCUGCGCCGUGGGGUGCCCCCACCCGAAGACCUUCGGAGUCCUUCAAGGUUCUACCCCGUGUCCCGCCGGGUCCCCGAGUAUUACAGCCCCUACUCCUCCCAGUACCCAGAAGAUUACCAGUACUACCCACCCGGAGUGCGACCAGACAGCAUCUGCUCCAUGCCAGCCUACGACAGGAUCAGCCCGCCCUGGGCCCUGGAGGACAAGCGCCACUCCUUCCGCAACGGGAGUGGACCCACUUACCAGCUUCGUGAAUGGAAGGAGCCCGCCAGCUACGGGCGUCAGGAUGGCACUGUUUGGAUCCCCAGCCCCUCCCGGCAGCCAGUGUAUUAUGAUGAGCUGGAUGCUGCCUCUGGCUCCCUGCGACGCCUGUCCUUGCAACCCCGUUCCCACUCUGUGCCCCGCUCACCCAGCCAGGGCUCGUACAGUCGUGCCCGAAUCUACUCCCCCGUGCGCUCACCUAGUGCCCGUUUUGAUCGGCUGCCACCUCGCAGCGAGGACAUCUAUGCAGACCCUGCUGCCUAUGUCAUGAGGCGUUCCAUCAGCUCCCCAAAGUAUGAUUACCUGGGAGACAGGCGGCCAGUCCCUGCAGGACUGUUCCCCUACAACUACCCACCAUCCCCCACGGUCCACGAUAAGAUGGAUGAACUGUUAGAUCUUCAGUUGCAAAGAAACCUAGAGUAUUUGGACCAGCAGAUGAGUGAGAGUGAGACUCUCAUCAGUAUGGUGAACCGCAUGGUGGAGAGCUCCUCCCCCAGGGCCCAGCUCUUCAUGCAAGUCCCUGCAUACCCAGAGGUGUUCCGGGACGGCCUCCACACCUUCAAGUUAAACGAGCAAGACACGGAUAAGCUGCUGGGCAAGCUGUGUGAGCAGAACAAGGUGGUGAGGGAGCAGGACCGGCUGGUGCAGCAGUUGCGAGCGGAGAAGGAGAGCCUGGAAAGUGCCUUGAUGGGGACCCACCAGGAGCUGGAGAUGUUUGGAAGCCAGCCCGCCUACCCAGAGAAGCUGCUGCACAAAAAGGAGUCUCUCCAAAACCAGCUCAUCAACAUCCGAGUGGAACUGUCACAGGCCACUACGGCACUGACCAACAGCACAGUGGUGUAUGAGAACCUCGAGUCUGAGGUCUCUGCCCUGCACGACGACCUCUGGGAACAGCUCAACUUGGACAUCCAGAAUGAGGUGCUCAAUCGGCAAAUUCAGAAGGAGAUCUGGCGGAUCCAAGACGUGAUGGAAGGGCUGAGGAAGAACAACCCGUCUCGGGGCACGGACACGGCCAAGCACAGGGGAGGACUCAGCACCUCAGCCACCUAUAGCUCCAACAGCCCAGCCAGCCCUCUCAGCUCUGCCAGCCUUACCAGUCCCCUGAGCCCCUUUUCAAUGGUGUCUGGUUCUCAGGGAUCUCCAACCAAACCAGGGUCCAGCGAGGAACCUGGCCCACCUCGGCCACCCCUCCCCAAAGCCUACGUCCCCCUGGACUCUCCUCCCACCGUCCCUCCACUCCCUAAUGAGAGCCGCUUCUGGCCAUAUCCCAACUCCCCUUCCUGGCAUCACAGUGGCGACACAGCCAGGGGUCAGACCAAAACAGGCUAUGAGUCAAGCAAGAAAGACUCCGACCAGACAUCACUCCUGGAUACCCCCAGAGACAUCAGCCUCGUGCCCACCAGACAAGAGCUGGAGGCAGAGAAGCAGGCAGCUCUCAACAAAGUUGGCAUCGUGCCCCCUCGGACAAAAUCUCCUGCUGAAGAAGAGAUGACGUCGUCAGGAGUGGUGAGAAGGACCACCAAUGGCCUCACCAAUGGCCUCUCCUCCCGGCAAGAGCGCCCCAAGAGUGCUGUGUUCUCGGGAGAGGGCAGGGUGAAGAUGAGUGUGGAGGAGCAGAUGGACCGGAUGAGGCGGCAUCAGAGCGGCUCAGUGAAGGAAAAGCGGAGGAGCCUGCAGCUCCCAGCCAGCCCUGCCCCUGAACCUAGCUCCCGGCCUGCCUACAAAGUGGUGCGGCGUCAUCGCAGCAUUCAUGAAGUGGACAUCUCCAACCUGGAGGCCGCCCUGAGGGCCGAGGAACCUGGUGGCCAGGCCUAUGAGACACCACGGGAGGAGAUCGCCCGGCUUCGCAAAAUGGAGCUGGAGCCCCAGCACUACGACGUGGACAUCAGUAAGGAGCUCUCCACUCCAGACAAAGUCCUCAUUCCUGAACGGUACAUUGACCUGGAGCCAGACACUCCCUUGAGCCCCGAGGAGUUGAAGGAGAAGCAGAAGAAAGUGGAGAGGAUCAAGACACUCAUUGCCAAAUCCAGUAUGCAGAACGUGGUGCCCAUCGGCGAGGGGGACUCUGUGGACAUGCCCCAGGACUCAGAGAGCCAGCUGCAGGAGCAGGAGAAGCGGAUUGAAAUCUCCUGUGCCCUGGCGACCGAGGCCUCCCGCAGGGGCCGCAUGCUGUCUGUGCAAUGUGCCACCCCAAGCCCUCCCACCUCCCCUGCUUCCCCGACUCCACCAAUCAACCCCCUACCGUCUGAACGCCCACGGGGCGCCGACAGCAGCCAUACCAUGCGGGUCUGAGCUCUGACUGCAAGCCCUGGCUGAGGCCAAUUCUGUGAUGCUCCACAGAGCCACCUUCUGAUAGCACACCUGGGACUCCGGCUCCUCAUCCUGGCCCCCUGCCCUUGCACCCACGGCACCCACGGUGGGAAUGCCUUGGGGAGCCAGGCUGGGAUCCAGGCCUCUUCGGAAAGGAGCAUGGAUGCCUUCAAAUCUGCUGCCCUCGCCCUGAAGCCUGCACUGUCAUGCUGUGGAUGGCAAGGCCAAGGUGUCAGCCUCUCUGAUGCCCCGGUCACAGAGAGCUCAAGUGCAGUUCUGGAUGGCAUUGUGUGGCCCUCCCGCACCGUCCCCUGAUGGAGACCGUGUCCUGGUGGAGAGCAUGCCCUCAGCUAUGGGUGAAGACUGGAAGUGAAGACAGGACAGACUGUAUCCCUUGGAACCCGCAGCACAGUGAGAGACAGACUCCUGCCAUCGUCUCCUCCCCUUCAGUCCCAGCUGCCUCAGCGAGGCCCAAGGCUUUGACACAGCGAUGCUGAUGAGUUCCCUGGAGACCAGCCGCCCUGCUUGAGCCAAAGAGAAGAUGGGGAGUGCUAGGGGAGGCCCCCGGGCUCCUGGAGGGGUCGGGUAUGGUAUGGAUAGAAGACAGCAGGUCUAUGCAGUGUCUGAGGGCAGGUCAGAAGCAGGAGCAGACGGAAGAAGAGAGAGGCUUGGAGACUGAAGGAAGGGAAAGUCAGACGCUUUCCACAGGCAACGAGGAUGUAAGGAAGGAGGGAAAUGGAAGGGAGAGUAGGAAUGGCUUCCCUAGAGUGGAGCCUCCGGUUCGUGCCAAGUCGAGGGCCUGACUGUCACCCCUGUACUUCACAUCUUCCUCAGAAGCAGAUGGCCGCAGGAGGACUCGCUAGGCACACAGCGGCCUCAGCUGAGGUGCUUGGUAGCAAGGUGUGGAGGAAGGGGAUGUUGGGUGAGACAGCCUGGGAGGUGGUCCAUCUGUGUCGAGUCCUGCUGUUUGUAUCUCUCCUAGGGUCAGGGGCAGAGAGGACUGUCUGACUGUCUGUCCUGACUGUCUGUCAGCCUUGGAGCCUUACCUAGCCAGUUUCUUGACCUAUUUAAACCUGGAGAGCACUGUGGGCCAGCUGAGGGUUAACCCUGGGCGGAGGGAAUGUGAGGCCAGGUUCUAGGUCCUUAAUCCUCAUCUCAGGCAUCCAGAGCGGGACCAGAGGCUGGGUGUUCUCACAGCCCACCUACCCAGGGAGGACAGGCCAGGGAGAGACAGGAGCAGAGCAUAGUCUUCCUCUAUUCCACCUCCUGUGAGUGAAUGUAGCCAGAGUGCAGUGAAGGAAGGCUGCAGACACUGAUCUCCAGCCCUGCUCUGCAAGACUAGCCCAGAGACUUCAGCCUGAGCAUCAGUGGUCCCAAGAAACAGCCGCAUCAUCUCCCAUCUAUCCAUCGCUGCUCCUUCCUGGGCUGGGACAGUUACUGGUUCAUAUGCAAGUAAAGAUGACAAUUCAUCCAACAAAUACUAGUUAAGCACUUUUUGUGUAUUAGGUACUGCUCUAGGUGCUUAGCAUAUUGUCUUGCUUCUGAGAGACUCUGGAUUGGGAGGAUUCCACCCGUAGUCACUUCUUUCAGGCUUCUGGAAAGUGCCGCUUGGUGACAUUCCCUGUCUACACAGUCCAAGAACCCAAAACCUGUCCUUUCUUCCUUAAAGGUGACAGUGGGAUUAGCUCCCAGGUUAGCCUCUCUCUCCAUACCCUGUUCCACAAGAAACAAAGUUUUUAGGGCUUCCCCUGUGUUUAUUUCUCCUUUUUUUU